CAAAAAAUACGCCAUCUUUUCUUUUUAGUGUUCCGUUUCCGUUGACAGUUCUUUUUGUCAUAAAAUCUUCCAAAAUGAAGGCUAAAGGAGAGUUGAGGGAAUACGAGGUGAUCGGGCGCAAGCUCCCCACAGACAAUGAGCCCACACCACCUCUAUACAAAAUGAGGAUCUUCUCUCCGGAUCCCAUAGUUGCAAAGUCCCGCUUUUGGUACUUCUUACGGCAACUGAAGAAGUUCAAGAAAACCACUGGUGAAAUAGUAUCUAUUAAGGAAAUUCCUGAGAAGAGCCCAGUGAAGGUAAAGAACUUCGGAAUCUGGCUGCGCUAUGAGUCCCGGUCGGGAGUGCACAACAUGUACCGCGAGUACCGCGACCUGAGCGUGGGCGGUGCCGUCACACAGUGCUACCGCGACAUGGGCGCGCGUCACAGAGCACGUGCACACUCUAUUCAGAUCAUCAAAGUGGAGAUAAUCAAGGCAGCAGCUUGCCGUCGGCCGCAAGUGAAGCAGUUCCACAACAGCGGCAUCAAGUUCCCGCUGCCUAAGCGCGUUCACCACUACAAGCGACUCAACACCUUCGCCUACAAGAGGCCCAGCACAUACUUCUUGUAAUUUAUUUGUAUAACACAAUAAAAAACACUUAAAAAAU